CAGCUGUGAUUUUAUUAUUAUUUUUUUCUGCCCAAGUUUUUAGAGUUUUGAGAUUAAAAACUAUUAUUAAACUCAUGGUUAGCACAAAGUCAUAUUCCAUUUGUUGUUCAUUUUUCUGUUUAGUAAUCAUGUGAUUAUCCCCAUUUUAUAGAUUGUCUUUUUUGGUUUUAAUAAAGUUGCAAAGAUAGAGAGAUAAGUUUUUUGUAAUCAUACUUCAUGAUUCAAUAAUGUGAUUUUGUGUAAAAAGGGUCUUUGGUCAAAAGUGUUAUUCACUCUUGGAUUCUUGUUUUUGUGUUGUGUCUUGGUGAAAUGAGACUACUCAUUUAUAGUACCUAAAAAGACUUCAACUCUCUUUCUUGUGUUUUUUUUUGUACUAGUUUUGUGGUGUAAACAAUCUGCUUGCAGUUGAGGAAUCAGGAUUUUGGAUUAGUGGGAGCUGAAGUAGACUAGAUUGAGAUCAGAUGCAAAGAUGAAAUCUUUAAAUACAGUAGGGCUAGCUCUGAGUGUUGUGUUUGGGUGUCUUUUGCUAGCUCUUGUUGCUGAAAUUUACUACUUGUUAUGGUGGAAGAGAAGGUUUAGAAGUAGAGAUUUAGAAGAUGGUUAUAACAGCAGCCCAGCUACAAGAGAGUUCUUUUACAUGUUUUGUUGGAAAAAGCCAUCAUCUUUGAGCUCAACAGCUUUAAAUCCAGGGGAACUCACAGAAACUAGCAGCACCCAUGUUCAAGAAUCACUGUCAAAUGGUCAAUCUAGCAAGGACUUUUGGUUCAGACCAUUUGGUGAAGAUAGUGUAGAAGCUGAGCUCUUGGGCCUGCAGAAUCUCUCUGGCCCACCAAGAUUUCUGUUCACUAUCAAGGAGGAAACUAAAGAGGAUUUGGAAUCUGAAGAAGGUGGUGGCAAGUCAAGAAAGAGCUCAAGAACCAGGAGUUUGAGUGAUUUGGUUCUUAAUCCAGAGACUCCAUUUUUGACACCUCUUACUUCACCAUCUUAUUUUACACCUCCUAGAACACCUAUGGAUACUUUGUACAAUCACAAUGGAUUCAACCCUCUCUAUGAAUCAACAAGUGAUGCUGAGUUCAAUAAGAUAAAGUCAUCCCCACCUCCAACUUUUAAGUUCUUGAGAGAUGCAGAAGAUAAAUUGCAGAAGAAAAAGUUACUUGAAGAAGCUGAGAAUUGCUCUCAUAAGAAAGAAAGAUUUGUGACAGAAGAUGAAGAUUCUUCUUUUAUCACACUCAUUGUGCCUAGACAAAACAAAGAAAGAGACACAUUUUACUCUUCUAGCUCCUCACAGGUUCUUCCUCUGUCUGCUUCACCUCCCUCCUACAAACACUCAUCUAACAAGAAACCAUCUUUACAUUAUAAUUAGAGACAUUUUUGUUGUAUUUGUAAGAUUUCUCAUCUUAUUUUGUAUGAAUCUUUAAUUUUUCAGUAAAAAAAGUGGUAUUUAUUCUAGAUAAGUUUAAGAAUGAGCGAGAAUCGAACUCAGAACCGCAAUCAGAUAAACCAUGGCAACUUGGCUAUGCCAUUCUUUAGUUUUUAGAAAUCCUUACUGCUAGACUUUUUUAGUUAGUUUGUUUUUUGUUACAUGAGUGAUGAAGUUGAUGAUGCAAAUGCCUAGUGCUAGAGAAUUGCAUCCUGAAUUUUCAGAAGGAGACAGCAUUUCCUUAGAGACUUUAACUGAUUGUAAGUUUGGUGAAAUGAUGCCAUUGGAGGGGCUAGUGAGAAUGAUUUGUUUUUAUUCAAUCUAUGUGUCCCUUCAGCUGUGUAAUGAUUCAACACAUGUUAUCAUUCUUGUGGAUGAUGAUGCUAGUUUAGAACUCAUUGUAUGAUAUUGUCAAAAAGGUCAUUGUAUAUUCUUAUCAAAAUUUAAUGUAAAAUCAACUUUUUGUUGUCCAAUAAA